CUCAUGCACCCACGCGGGGCCAGCGUAUCAGCCCACAUCACCAGCUACUAUUCCACUAGAGAGGAGCCGGUUCGGGUCGCGGUGCGCGCGUUGCGGGAGCGCGCACACAUAUCGUGGGCUGGUCCGUUUGCGCACACAGCUGUGGUUUGGCGUAAGAAGGACGCGGGCUGGUAACUAAGUUGUUAUUCCCGGAGUAGUUUGGAGAAGGAGCAUCAGUGGAGCGGCUUCCAGCGCGAACGGGAGGCUGAGGAGGGAAACACAGGAGGAUGCUGACCCGAGCAGAGUCAGCGGGAGCCGCAGCGUCUCUUCAUCAGCGCCUAACCCUGGUUGUUCCGCCUGUAACUUUUUAACGAGCUGAAGUUCGCCUCAGCUAGUUUCUGGUGCUCCGUUCCGUCCCUUUUCGCUCCGGUCCGCCUGCCUACCUGCCUACCUGCCUGCCUGCCUGCCAUGGUGGCUUCAUCGGUCCACGGAGCGCUCUUCCUGUGCGCUCUCCUCCAGCUGUUCCCCCUGCCCGGCGGACAGGCGCCAAACUGCCAGGAGGUGCGCACGGCGUUUCACGCUCUGCACCCCGGCUCCAAGUGGGUCCCCGAAAGCCCGGUGUCAGGUGCAGAUCUGCAGGUUUGCCAAGCCAAAGGCCCGACCUGCUGUUCCAAGAAGAUGGAGGAGCGGUAUCAGGUAGCCGCACGCAGCAACAUGGAGUCAGGUCUGCAGGUUGUCAGCGCUCAUCUCAAACGCCUCAUCAUCCAGAACGCCGCUAUAUUCCAAGAGGCCUUCGAUCUGGUGCUGCGUCACGGCCGUAACUCCACCCUGACCAUGCUGAAGUCGGAGUUCCCUGGUCUCCUGCCUGGAGCCCAGAGCUCCGUGGGACAGCUCUUUCUGGACAUGUCCCUCUACAUCCUCGGCUCGGACUCGACGGUGGACCACAUGGUGGUGGCUUUCUUCAGCAAACUCUUUCCCCUCACGUACCGCCGUCUGCUCGGGGGCGGUGCAUCCUCCGUGUCUGAGGAGUGCGCACGGGGAGCCUGGAAGGGCUCGGGAGCGUUUGGUCCUUAUCCCAAACUGAUCAUGACCCGUCUGUCUCGCUCCCUCUUGGCCACACGAGUCUUCCUGCAAGCGCUGAACCUGGGCAUCGAGGUGGUCAACACCACGGACCAUCUGCGGCCCAGCAGGGACUGCAGCCGGGCCCUGCUGAGGCUGUGGUACUGCCCGCAAUGCCAGGGCAUGGUGGGCCCGCCGGCCUGCAGGGGCUUUUGUCAGACGGUCAUGCAGGGCUGCCUGGGGGGCGCGGCGGAGGUUCAGCCUCACUGGAGAACCUACAUCGACGGACUGGGGAAGCUGGCUGGUGGUAUGAGAGGAGAGCAGGAUAUGGAGGCCGUUGUUCUUAGACUGCCUUCGAUGAUUAAACUGGCUCUGAAGCAGGCUGUGAAUGCUCGCAGCCGGCUCAGCACCCUGGUGAGCAGCACGUGUGGACACGCCACAAAGCGAGCCUCCCGCUCCGUCGAGACCCCCCCUCUUCAUCAGCCCCCUGCUGUGUCUGCGGCUCGUGAUGUUCAGCCCCCAGAGUCUGACGAGACUCUGGCUGGUCUCCGCAGGGAGUUCAUUACAAACCUGAGAGGCUUCAGCUCCUUCUACAGUGGUCUCGGGGAGGCGUUGUGCAGCCGUGAGCCUGCUCCGGCGAACAACUCCCUCUGCUGGAACGGGCAGGAAAUGACAGACAGGUUCGCCGGGCCCAGCCAGAAACGGCUUCAUCCCGCCUCAGAGUCUAAGAGCAGCAAGCAGCCAGAGCCGGUCAUCAGCCAGAUCAUUGACAAACUGAAGCACAUCAACCAGUUGCUGAACAUGGUGACGGUAUCUGAGAAGCGAUGGCGUGCUCGGUCACGAGGAGCUGGAGCGAACGGGUGGAGCGACGAUGCUGAGGAGGGAUUUGCCAGCGGCGACUGUGACGACGAGGAUGAGUGCGCAGGGGUGUCGGGGCUGGGGCCUCCUCCAAGGCGUAAACGGCUGCGCAUCUUUGCAGACCUCGCUGAUAACCUGGCGAUGGACGACUUCACCUUCCAGGAGCAGCUGCUGACCCCUCGGCUGGCCACCGGCGGGAUGGGAGGGGUCCCCUCACCUGCCGCCCCGCUGCGGAGGACCAGCCUGGUUCCUGCCCUGGCAGCGACGCUCGCUUUCCUCCUGCUUUGGCACCACUGACAGGGUUACCGUUCCCUGUUUUAACCCUAAAUCCCUCCAUACACACGUUUGGACUUCUGGGUCCCGGUAUAAAGUUCGGUGGCCCACCAAUGGACCCGAAAAACCCCAAGCUUCCUCUUAAUCUGUCGAUACUGAAACUUGUUUUUGCUUUGUUCGAAUUUAGUGGAUGUUCCGAACAAACUUGUGAAAGCACACCGUCUUGUAAAUAAUUUGGACUCUCUCUCUCUCUCCUCACGUCCUCAUACACUGACUUUCUCUCCGUGGUAACAAAGCACGGGAGACGGUAAUUAUUUAUUAAACUAUGGACAUGUAAAUAAGGCCUUAAAACACACCAGGCCCUUUUUGAAGUGCAGCCGCUCUCAGUCUGUACGGACCUGUAGCCCAGCUGGAAGGAGUGAACGUCAUCAGCUGCUGCCAUUCUCCUUCAUGACCGUGAGUGAUCUCCUGCCAGCACUGGACCUGAAAGCUCAUAUGGGAUCACCUAUUUAAAGGGAUAGUUCAGAAUUUUUUUAAUGAGGUUCUGGGAAAAGAUUAUACGCAGAGAAUAUCAAAUCUGUAUAGAUUCGAAUUUGUUGAUUAAGGCAGAAACAAACAGUCUGAAAGGGACCGAGACCAACAUGCACUUCUCCUACGCCAGUCGAAAGAACUUCAUGACUUUUUAGAAGAACUUCCGGAUAGAAAAAAAAAGGUUGUGUAGAGAUAAAUAGAA